CAAUCUAUAAAGCCAAGAAAUCAAAGCUCACUUUCGCGUUUGGAGUUCAGAGAGAGAGGGAGCGCCAUGGCCACCUCCAAGAAACCUAAAGAAGCAGAGAACAAGAAGAAGAGCAACAGCACCCCUGUCAAAGAGACAAAAAAUCCCAUAAAAAGACCAGACAAGAAAGCAAGUGCCACGAAAAAACCUGACAAAUCAAAGCCAAAGUCGAAGCCGAAGCCAAAGUCAAAGCCAGACAAUAACAAAAACAAGAGCAGCAAUGGAACCCUGGUCGAGUCCGAGGUUAUUGCUGACCUAUCUGCAACCACUGAAUCAAAAGAACAAGAAAAUGGAAACAAGAGCAACACGAAUGUUAAACCCAAUAAGAGGAAACAAAAGGAAAAAAAAGAAGAAGGAGAGGAAGAAGAAUCAAAGAUGUGUAGGUUUCCUAUGAGGAGAAUAAAGAGGAUAAUUAAGAGUGAGGAUUCCCGUAUGGCUGUUUCUCAAGAUGUUGUCUUUCUUGUAAAUAAAGCCACGGAAAAAUUCCUUGAAGAAUUUUGUGAAGAUGGAUACAAAUGCUCCGUGGAGGAUCGCAAGAAAUCUCUUAGUUACAAGCACCUGGCAACAGUUGUCCAUGGACAGAGUAGAUAUGACUUUCUAUCAGAUUAUGUCCCUGAGAAAAUAAAAGCUGAAGAUGCAUUGAAGGAGACAAAUUUGACUGAGACAGGGGCAGGAUAGGACCUUGGCAUACAUACUAACAGUGAUGAUGAUCCUGCACUGACCUGCUUUAAGUGUGGUCAGUGCUCGUCAUUGUCGUGUUUAUGAUUGACGGUUGGAAGAGGAUAUUGCUGUGGCAUAACUUCUUUCAUUAACAUGGAUUUGAUCCUUGAGUCAGUGAAUCUCUCUCUAACAUGAAUUAAUGCAUGUCCAUACUUGUCUGUAAUUAGAUAAUUUGCAUAUUCAGCUGGUGAAGUGAUGAGUAUCUUGCUAUUAUGAUGGUUGGUUAGUCA